UAUAAAAGGGCAACACGUAACCAUGGUAACAGUAAUAAUAGUUUCGCCCAGUAGAUGGCGCUGUUUUCGCGUGUGGAAAAGGAAGCUCUGCAGAAACCCAAACAACAAUGGCGACCUCGUCUUUUGCACUUGCCAGUCCACUGUCCGUGCACACAUUUGGCACGCAAUAUCAACGAAAAUAAACAGUCUACACUUAUCGGAUUGCUAUUAACAAAUUGUGGGACCAGGCGCGCACAUCUUAUAAGCUUAUUUUACGAGAUUUUACCGCAAUUUUAGCCAUUAGCUCCCGUGUUAGCAUUUCGGUUGCCAUGGAAACGUAGAUUUGUUCGGAAAAAAUCCAGAAAUCCUCCAGCGUGGGUUUAUUAACCCUGCGGAUCCACAUGGAGCAGUACAGCAUCCUUGGGCGUAUUGGUGAAGGCGCCCACGGCAUCGUAUUCAAGGCAAAACACAUAGAGACUGGAGAGACUGUGGCGCUGAAAAAAGUGGCUCUGCGAAGGUUGGAAGAUGGGAUCCCAAACCAGGCUCUGAGAGAAAUCAAGGCCCUGCAGGAGAUCGAAGACAACCAGCACGUGGUGAAGCUGAAGGCAGUGUUUCCUCAUGGGACGGGCUUUGUGCUGGUGUUUGAUUAUAUGCUCUCUGACCUUUCGGAGGUCAUCAGAAACUCAGAGCGACCCCUGACCCCAGCGCAGGUCAAAGGUUACAUGAUGAUGCUGCUGAAGGGCGUGACCUUUCUGCACCACAACAACAUCAUGCACAGGGACCUGAAGCCAGCAAACCUCCUCAUCAGCUCCUCUGGACAUUUGAAGAUUGCAGACUUUGGUUUGGCCAGACUCCUGAGUGAGCAGGGGGAGAGACUUUACAGCCACCAGGUCGCCACCAGAUGGUAUCGAGCUCCUGAGCUGCUUUAUGGAGCCAGAAAAUAUGACGAAGGAGUGGACCUCUGGGCAGUGGGCUGUAUAUUUGGGGAGCUGCUGAACUCCUCUCCUCUGUUUCCCGGAGAGAAUGACAUUGAACAACUGUGCUGUGUGCUGAGAGUGUUAGGGACACCCACUCAAGAGACAUGGCCGGAGAUGGUGGAGUUACCUGAUUACAAUAAGAUCACAUUUAAGGACAACCCCCCGAUCCCACUGGAGGAGAUCGUCCCAGACACUUCUCCUCAGGCUCUGGACCUUCUCUGCAAGUUCCUGGUUUAUCCGUCCAAGCAACGCUGCUCUGCCAAACAGGCACUGCUGCACCCUUACCUGUUCACCCCGCCUCUGCCCUCACACCACUCUGAACUCCCCAUCCCUCACAGACGACCCCCCCGCCACAGGGUCCAGGCCCCUCCCCCUGACCUGUCGGUGGACCUGCCUCUGAAAAACAGCCUGGUGGACCCUGAGCUGCUGCACCUGUGGACCUGCCCCUGAAACAGCCCACUUCACUUUGGACUCAGCUGACCCGUGCACAGCUGCAGUUUGCGACGCAUUCCUCCCUGUAUUUCUGUUUCUUUGUGGAGCUGUGGUUCGUGAGCAGACUCAAGGCCGUGUGAGUCUGUGAUUGAAUCAGAGAAGAGAAGUAGAUACACAAAUAUUUAAGCAAAGUUCUGUAAAGAAUUGUAUGUCUUUUCAGGGCAUUAUGUUUCUGAAAAUAGUAUGGCAUCAUUUAAAUACAUCAGGUUACAUCUGUGUUGUUGAAAUAUUGUUUGUGUUGUAAAGUAUGUUACAAAAAUAUCAGACUUUAGUUUUAUUUUUACAUCAAAUGGUAAAUUAUGCAAUAUCUACUCUCAAGUGAACUCAUUUGUUCCAAGCCAACAGGCUGUUAAAGCUACCACUGUUACAAGAGGGAAUUUGUGCUUCAGUGUAUUUAUUAACCAAUGAUUUUUUUUUGCAAUCUCUUUUUUGUUUCUGAGAUAUUUAUUUGUCUUAAUAAGAUAAGAAUGUAUAUAAAAAGUUAAGUAAAAAUUAAAAUUGACCUGCAGUGUUUUUGUCUAAAUAAAUGUUUUAAAAUAAUCA